UUCGGCAGGCGGUCGCCUCGGCGCUGCGCGCGGAACUAUAUCAGCGGCGCGGGUGCCGCCGCGAGGCAUAGUCUGCGACUGGCAUCAGGAGCGGAACAUUGACUCGUCGGUGAUCGAUCAGUGCUUUGCUAAACAGCAGCGACAUGCCGGUGCAAGAGGUCGAAGGCUGGAGCGUGGAGCGCAGCUGGGGUACCGAGACGAUGAGCGGGCCGAUGACCAUGAUCGGGCCGGACAAGAGGCGUGCACAACCUGUGCAGGUGAAGGUGUACCGCACGUCGCUGGAGCACUUCGCUGUGGUGUUCCCGCAGAAGAAGGUGUGCCGGCCGCUGGGCGUGGUCAACCUGCGGCACGCGACGCUGUCGCGCCUGGACGGCGACGGCGCCGGCGCCGCCCCCGCCUUCAGCGUGCGGCACAAGGGCUGCGACGCCGCCGACGCCAGCCUCACGUUCGUGGCGGCGACGGCGCGCGACCUGGACGCCUGGCUGCACGCCUUCAGCUCCCGGUCGGCGUCGCCGGCGGCGCUGCCGCUGCCCGCCGUCGCCGAAGACGAGGAGGCGUAGGCGGGCCCCCGGCAGAGGGCGCCAGACUCGAGCGCCACCCGCGAACGCGCUUCUCCGCUGGCGGCCGCGGGAGCGACGCCUGGACGAGGGAUCGCAACUCUGGCAGGGCAGAAGCUGCUCAACGUGCGUCCUGUGCACGAGCAUCCUGGAAACCCGUUGCCAGUCCUCGCAGAGUUGGUGCCGGCGUCGCUUUCUUCGGGAGACGUCUAGCGUGGAGCCUACUGCGACGCCCCUACGAGGCAUCGCAGACGACGUGUCGGUUUCCACCAGUCGCCUGAUCCCCCCCAAGUACAAAGAAGACUGUCUCGUGUUGGCAGCUAUUCCACAAUCGACGUGAAGAACGACCUGUUUCCGUUCCCGUUUCAACCUACUCACUUCAUUCUGUUCUCGCCCAGACUCCAAACUGCAACCAGACAAAGGAAACUAUACGACCGGACGCAAAUAUAUCCACAAUUUGCCAGAGACUGUUGCAGUUAACUUUACCAGUGCCCCAUGAAAAUUGUUCACUGCAAAUUGCCCAUUAGCUCCCACCUGUGUGUAAAUAAAUGGAGUAGAAAACGUAUCAAGUGUCAAAGUGUAAGGAGUAGUUUAAAACUAUAAUUAUAGCAAUGGAACUGAUGUUACAAUAUCCUUGUGCGCUAACUCCUUACCAGCUCACAUGAUUAACAAACAGUAAAACCUUUUCAAUACUUGACUAUAAUACGUUAACUCGUUUGCACUGGCGUCUUAUUUCUGAACACUGCCAGACUCUUUCUCUCAGUCACUGGUAGUGUUCACAAAAUUCUAAGUAUAUUGGAACAAAUAAGCCCUAGGUCACAAAUAUUAAGUCAAAAUUGACCUGGUUUCGAUGCUACUAUGAGUGUCGUCUUCAGAAUCAGACUAACUGUUCUAAAACAGUUAAUGUACUAUAUACCUAAUAUGUUUUAGAGCAGUUAGUCUGAUUCUGAAGACGACGCUUAUAGUAGUGUCGAAAUCAGGUCAAUUUUGACUUAAUAUUUGUGACCGAGGGCUUAUUUGUUCCAAUAUAAUUCUGACACGGUCACUCAACCUUAGCAGCUAUGUUCAAAAUUUUAAAUCUAAGUAUAUAAAACGCCCUUGAAACGAACUAGAAAGAUAGUUUUCAUGUAGUGGGUAUAGUGAAGGCUAACCAGUAAGUUUUCGUGUAGACACUACUGUAAAGUUUAAACAGAAUGGAGAGAGAUGUUGCGUGAAGAAAGAUCUUGUUUGGUAGAAGUAACCCUACACUUGUUUCGUGUAUGUAAAUUUGUUGCUGUGAUAAAACAUGGUUACUUUCAUGUUCUUUUUUUGUCUAAAUGUAGACAAUCUGUGAUAUAUAGUUAUAGUUCCUUUUUUAUAGUUAUUUGUAAUAAUGUUAUUGCAAAUUGUCAUAUUUCUGCACUCUUUCCUUCAGUUUCUGUAAAAUAUCGUGAUUUCUGUAAUAUUAGCUAAACUGUGAGAGUUCAAAUUCUAUCAGCAGCAUUCAGAAGUUAAGCUAAUCAGUGUGCAUGACCUGAGAAGUCGUGUAAUUUGAAUAUCCUUGCCUGUAAACUGUACAUCUGUUCUUUUUUCACGAAACUGUUAAUAGCAGUUGUCUUUAGAUCUCUACUGAUACCUAUAACAGAAGUUAAUACACUGUUAUAAAACAACUAUUUAAUGAAUAGUAAGAGUGCUUUUGUUUUUUAUUUUUAAUUAAUAAACAAGGUUAAAAUUA